CGUACUGUGUUCACACUACUAUACGUCCGUCGAGUUUUACUAUUUAGACCACGAAUUAAGUGGAGUUUGGGGCAUGAUAUUAUAUCCUAAACUCUAAUGAGUGGGACCUCAGUUCCUAAUUCUCUAACCCGAGCGACAAGAUUUAUUUAAUCUAAAUAAAUAAUAACCGAUGGUUCUGAGCUCUGGCCAAUCUCUAUGGUCAAUUCUUGUUUUCUCCUAAAUUGAACUUCGGGUUUGGGUUUAGAGAAUCGAGACCUUGGAUUUAUCCAUUCAAGUUAGGUUAUAGUAACAUGCUCCAAACUCAAUUUAAUUUAUGGUUUCGAUAAAUUUAUCUCAAUAAGAGUAUCUGGAGCAUACGAUACGAUGAUUCCCUGUAUUGCUAUUAUCAGUAAUUGUAUCUAUCUUUGACUCAUAAUUAUGUGUUGAACUAUUUUCUUGAAGACAGCUUCAAAAUAUAGAUAGAUAUAUUCUUCUGAUAAGUGGGCCAGUAAAAAUUAGUUUGUUUCUUCUCGUAUAUGUGAUUUCAUUAUUCAUGUACGCACUAGCUAGUAGAAAAGCACUGCUAAUUAAACUGAUUAAUUAAGACGUACGUACAGGCCCUGGAUGCUCGUCUUUGGGAUAUGGGGCAAUGACGGAGCUGGGACCAUUCAGGGUGGCUAGCGACGCCAAAACUCUCUACAGAAACAAAUAUGCUUGGAACAGGGCCGCAAAUGUAGUGUUUCUGGAGUCCCCGGCCGGGGUUGGCUUCUCGUACUCGAAUACAAGCACGGAUUACACAACUGGGGACGUGAAUACAUCGCUGGACAACUUGGUUUUUCUGCAGAAUUGGCUGCAGAGGUUCCCAGAAUAUAAAGGCCGUGAUUUCUACAUCGCCGGGGAGAGCUAUGCGGGUCACUACGUCCCUCAACUCGCUCGGAAUAUUCUUCUCAAUAACCUCAGAACCCACGACACUUCCAUCAACCUCAAGGGUAUUAUGAUCGGGAACGCGGUGAUACAUGAUGAGACGGACAACAUCGGGAUGUACGAUUACUACGCAAACCACGGCAUGGCGUCCCCGGAAUCGGUGGCUGCCGUUCACAAACACUGCAACUUUUCUUCCGAUUUCAACAACGACCAGACCGACCGAUGCAUUGCCGCCGACAGGGAUUUCAGCAUCGCCACCGCUCCCAUCUUCCCUUACAACAUCUACGCCGAAGACUGCCUGCUCUACAACGGCCCCACUGCCGCGCCAUUACCUUUCUCAAUUACGGAGUUUGAUGAGUGCAGCGCGUAUUACGUGGAGGAUUAUUUGAACCGGGAGGAGGUUCAGAAAGCAAUGCAUGCUAAUACCACCAACAUCCCCCGCCCAUGGACUGCUUGCAGUGACGUUGUUCAGUACAGAGAGGCUUCCACUUCGGUUCUCGGCGACAUCCACAACUUGUUGGCUAACAACGUCACCGUCUGGAUCUUCAGUGGUGACAUGGAUGGAAGGGUGCCCUUUACUUCCUCGCAGUACUCCAUCAAAGUUAUGAAGCCCACAAUUGAGACCAAAUUCCAUCCUUGGUACAUUGCUGGACAGGUCGGAGGAUACACGGAGACGUACAAAGGAGGGCUAACAUUUGCAACGGUGCGAGGGGCAGGGCAUGAAGUCCCAAGUUAUCAACCAUUGAGGGCACUUUCACUCUUCAUGCAUUUCAUUGGUGGCACGCCUUUACCAAACAGCAAAAGAUUUUAGAACACACGCCAUCUCUGAUCAAUUCAUCCUCACUUUCGAUCGUAUCGCAAUUGCAAUUAGUAUAUAGGUUUUACACAACACCAUUCGGCAGUACGUUGCUCUAGCUUCCUUUAUUAGCUAACCAAUGUUUGCUGACCGAAUUCGUUAUUUUAUAUAUACCAGAUAAUUGGCCCGCGCUUUGCGGCGGGUACGCAUCACCAUCAAUUAAAUUAUAUAAGAUCGAAUGAGACUACAUAUGACCAUUUGAUUAGAGUGGAUUAGACAUUUUUAUAAAUUGAGUUGGUUUCA